AUGAAUGGCCUUCGAGAUGGCGACGCCAACGUGCUAUUGCAGACCAACGCUGACGUGAACACUGUGCUCACCAGAAGGUGCCCAUUCGAGGGCCUUCGGGACGUCCACGAUCCCUCCAUGGAAACUGUGAAGUUCGUUCGGCAAGCGAAAAUUCUAGUCAUCGGUGCGGGUGGCCUCGGGUGUGAGAUCCUGAAGGACCUGGCGCUCAGCGGGUUCACGGACAUACACGUCAUCGACAUGGACAAUGUGGACGUCACCAACUUGAACCGCCAGUUCUUGUUCCGGGAGUCCGAUAUUGGCCUUAGUAAAGCAAAGGUGGCCGCAGCCUUCAUCAACGACCGUUGUGCUCAUCUAGGAGUGCAUGUUACGCCUUAUCACGGCAAGAUACAGGACUUUGGGCCGGACUUCUACGAGCAGUUCUUCCUCAUAAUAGCGGGUCUCGACAAUAUUCCAGCGAGGAGAUGGUUAAACUCCACCCUCCAUAGCAUGGUCCGGAGAGACGAUGAGGGUAACAUCGACCCUUCCUCAUUGAAGCCUCUCUUAGAUGGCGGCACUGAGGGGCUUAAAGGCCAAGCUCGGGUCAUAGUUCCCUAUCAUACUGCGUGCUUUGACUGUACGUUGGAGUCCUUUGGUCCGCCUGAUACCGGCAACUACCCAAUGUGCACCUUAGCCGAGACGCCGAGGUUGCCUGAGCAUUGCAUUGAGUACGCCCUACUAGUAUUGUGGGAGAAGGCCUUCCCAGGCGUUAAGGUUAAUACAGAUAACGCUAAUGAUAUGAGAUGGAUCUACGAACAGGCUGUAGCACGAGCCGAGACCUUUGGUAUCCACGGCGUUGACUAUCGCCUCACAUUGGGCGUUGUGAAACGCAUCAUACCGGCCGUUGCCUCCACCAAUGCCCUCAUAUCCGGCAUGUUGGUCGCAGAGGCUCUUAAGCUGGCAAGCUACUGCGAUCCCAGCCUGGACAACUACUUCAUGUACAUGGGCCAAGCGGGCGUGAACACUCAGACGUUUGAGUGGGCCAGGAGCGACACUUGCCUGGUAUGUAGCGGCUCUGAGGCAGUAGUGGACACGCUUGAUCCGGAAACCAAGACUCUGAAAGACUUACUAGAGUUGCUCUGUGACCCAUCGGGCAAGUUCCGACUGCAGCGGCCGAGCAUAUCUACAGCGAUGGGAAUCGUGUUCAUACAGCGGCCGCCCUCGUUGCGAGCUGAACAUGAGUGGAAGCUGGACAAGUCUUUGAAGGAACUCAGCGAUGCUGGAGUGUUAAGGGAAGGGGAGGAGGCCACCGUCACAGAUCCCACGCUGCCUAGUAAGGAUCUUUGA